AUGCUCCCCAGCCCCGCCACUUCCACCCCCUUCUCCGUCAAGGACAUCCUGAAACUGGAGCAGCAGCAGCAGCAGCAGCAGCAGCAACGUCUCGGGGGGCCCCUCGAGCCGCCUUUCCCCGCCGCCGCCGCCUCCUGCCUGCUGAGCUGCCGCUUCUCCGACGGCGAGGAGGAGGAAGAGAGCGAGGAGCAGCCGCCCUUCUUCACCCCCAUGGCCUCCGCAAAGAGCCAAGCGGACGGGGGCUUCUCCCCGGGCAGCUACGUGCAGGCGGUGCUGCGGAGCACCUGCGAGCCCAAAGGCAAAGAGCCCGCGGAGGAGGCCUCGGAGCGUCCCAAGGCGCGCAGCCGGAGGAAGCCGCGGGUGCUCUUCUCGCAGGCGCAGGUAUUCGAGCUGGAGAGACGCUUCCAGCAGCAGCGCUACCUUUCUGCUCCCGAGCGGGAGCUCUUGGCCAGCAGCCUCAAGCUCACCUCCACUCAGGUCAAGAUCUGGUUCCAGAACCGGCGCUACAAGUGCAAGCGGCAGCGGCAGGACAAGGCCCUGGAACUCGGCGGCCCAGCGGCAGGGGCGGCCCAGCAGCCUCCAGCGCCGCCGCCUCCACCGCCGCCGCCACGCAGAGUGGCCGUUCCGGUACUGGUGAGGGACGGCAAGCCAUGCCUGGGGGGCUCGCAGGCCUACAGCGCGCCCUACAACGCUCCCGCCGCCUCCUACGCGUACAACGGCUUCCCUAAUUACGCCUACAGCGGUUCCAGCGGCGCAGCCUACGGCGCCGGCUACAGCUGCAGCUACCCCGCGGCCAACAGCCUGGGCCCCUCGGUGCAGCCAUCGCCGGGGCCCUAUGUAAACGUGGGCGGCUUCCCCGGCGGAGCUCAGCCCUUGCACCAGGGGGCCGCCGGCUCCUCCUGCACUCAGGGCAUCCGAGCCUGGUAG